AUGCUUCUGAGCCACCCUUCUUCCACCUCUCCUAACAUCCUAAGCCUGCCUCUCCCCGUGCCGGUGCCCCAGCUGGUCUCAUUCUCCGACCACGAGACCCGGCUGCUCCUCAAUCAGCUCUACGAGACCUUCAGCCAGGCCCUCCCGACUCUCUCGUCCGGCGAGAAUGAGCUGGCGGCGACAUGGGUGCGCACGAUCAUGUCCGACCCGGGCCUUCUGUAUGCGUACAUGUUCUCGCAGCUCAUGCGGAACAAGCACAAGCACGACCUCGACCGCAAGGCCGAACGCCAGCUCCUGCACGCCUACGCCGAGACCAUCACGUACGUCAACACGGCCCUGUCCGACCACGCGACGGCGUGCAGUGACAGCACGCUCCUCGCCGUCUUCACGCUGGCCUAUCAUUCCAUGACGCUCGACUCGCGGCCGCAGCCAAGUCAUAGGUCGCCACGGGCUCCGACGCAAGGGCCCUUGGCCUCGCUGCGCCUGUUGAAUCUCUACGGCGGCCCUCUCGGGGCGGCUUCGAUCCAUCGAGACGGGCUGUUGAAGAUGAUCGAGCUCCGUGGCGGGAUUGAAAAGUUCACAUUGCCGGGACUGGGGGGACUUCUUUGCUAUGCCGACCUCAUCUUCGCGAGCCGCACGAUCCAGCGUCCCCGCUUGCCCUUCGCCCCCUGCCUAAGCGUGAACUUCGAGAGCGUCCUGACGGGCGUGUGGCGCGCCGACCACCCGCUCCAUCGCCUGGGCCGCGGGUUUUCCGUACUAGAUCACGUCGGCGCGCCGCUGCUGGACACGUUGGACCUGCAAGUCGCGCUGCACGGGCUGAGCCAGUACACGCUCGCGGUGGACGACUACCUGGCCGGCCGGCCCGAGGCACCCAGUCUCGCGGUGCUGGAAGAGCUGCGGUGCUGGGUGAUGCACGGGAUCCUGUCUCUCACCACUCCUCCGGACCUGCCGCAUGCGCCCUGCCCAACGGGCCUGGCGGUGCUGCAGACGUGCCAGCUGGCGGCGCUCACGUACGGCAUGCUGUGCGUGUUCCCGCUGCCCGCGGCCCCCUUCGCGCGGCUGGCCCGGCGCAUCAGACAGUGCCUGGCGCGGGGCGACGUUGCGCGGGCGUGGGCCGCCGCGCCGCACCUCACGCUAUGGAUCACCUUCAUCGGCGGCGUGGCAUCUCUGGGCGCGAACAACGAUGACGACGACGACGACACCCGCGCCUGGUUCGUGUGCGUCAUCGACCGCUGCCGGCGCCGGUUGCGCAUCGACUCCUGGCUCGCCCUCCGCGACGCCGUCCUGCUCGAGUUCCUGUGGCUGCCCACCACCAAUGACGCCGACGGGAUGGAGUUGUGGCACGAGAUCGAGGCGUCAAGACCACCCUGUGCCGUCGGGGGUGCUGUGUGA